GGAGAUCUAAAUCCGCAUCACGGCGGGAACGGCGAUUGAGAAUCUCGCCACGACGGAUUCGUCGGACACCGCGGCGAAAAUGACCCAGCUACUACCCAUAAGGUUUCAGGAACACCUGCAGCUUACAGCUGUAGGAAUUAACGCUAGUAAUGUCAGCUUUAACACCCUCACUAUGGAGUCUGACAAGUUUAUUUGCGUUAGAGAGAAGGUUGGUGAUACUGCCCAGGUAGUGAUCAUCGAUAUGAAUGAUUCAGCCAAUCCUAUCAGAAGACCAAUAUCUGCUGAUUCUGCAAUCAUGAAUCCUGCUAGUAAAGUCAUCGCUCUUAAAGCUAUGAAGACACUUCAGAUCUUCAACAUUGAAAUGAAAUCAAAGAUGAAAGCUCACACAAUGACGGAAGACGUGGUCUUUUGGAAAUGGAUAUCACUUAACACGUUGGCAUUAGUAACAGAGACUGCAGUGUACCACUGGUCCAUGGAGGGUGACUCGACGCCGAAUAAGAUGUUCGAACGUCAUUCGUCAUUAAAUGGCUGCCAGAUUAUUAAUUACCGAACAGAUCCGAAGCAGACGUGGCUGUUGUUGAUCGGUAUUUCGGCACAGCAUAAUCGAGUGGUCGGCGCCAUGCAGCUUUACUCUGUGGAACGUAAAUGUUCACAACCGAUCGAGGGACACGCCGCCUCCUUCGCUCAGUUUAAGAUGGAAGGAAAUGGAGAACCAAGCAAUCUGUUCUGUUUUGCUGUUAGAACGGUCCAGGGCGCGAAGCUUCACAUCAUCGAGGUGGGUCAGCCGCCUUCUGGUAACCAUCCGUUUCCCAAGAAAGCUGUAGAUGUAUUUUUCCCACCUGAGGCAGGAAACGAUUUUCCCGUCGCGAUGCAAGUUAGCUCCAAAUAUGACGUCAUAUAUUUAAUCACGAAAUACGGUUAUAUACAUAUGUACGAUAUCGAGUCCGCGACCUGUAUAUUUAUGAAUCGUAUCUCUGGAGAGACGAUCUUUGUUACUGCGCCGCAUGAAGCGUCUGGCGGUAUAAUAGGAGUGAAUCGGAAGGGUCAAGUUUUGUCCGUCUCCGUAGACGAGGAGAACAUAAUCCCGUACAUUAAUGGUGUGCUACAGAACUCAGAAUUGGCGUUGAGAAUGGCCGUGAGAAACAAUCUGUCGGGCGCAGAAGACUUGUUCGUAAGAAAAUUCAAUAUGCUCUUCCAAAACGGUCAGUACGCGGAAGCAGCGAAAGUCGCGGCAAAUGCUCCUAAAGGAAUACUCAGAACACCAGCGACUAUCCAACGAUUUCAACAAGUCCCUGCUACUCAGGGUCAAACGUCGCCUCUUCUACAGUAUUUUGGCAUUCUUUUGGAUCAGGGACAACUGAAUAAGUACGAGUCGUUGGAGUUAUGUCGACCGGUAUUAGUUCAAGGACGUAAGCAACUGCUGGAGAAAUGGCUGAAGGAAGAUAAGCUGGAAUGCAGCGAAGAGUUGGGGGAUCUAGUGAAACAAGCGGAUCCCACAUUGGCACUUAGUGUUUAUUUGAGAGCCAACGUUCCCAACAAAGUAAUUCAAUGCUUCGCUGAGACUGGUCAAUUUCAGAAGAUCGUAUUAUACGCCAAGAAAGUCUCGUAUACGCCCGAUUACAUAUUUCUCCUGCGGAAUGUUAUGAGGAUUAAUCCCGAUCAGGGUGUGGCGUUUGCACAGAUGUUGGUUCAGGACGACGAACCAUUGGCCGAUAUUAAUCAGAUUGUCGAUAUAUUUAUGGAGCAGAAUAUGGUGCAGCAAUGUACUGCGUUCCUGCUUGAUGCGCUCAAGAACAAUCGGCCAAGCGAGGGUGCCUUACAAACCCGCCUCUUAGAAAUGAAUUUAAUGUCUGCCCCGCAAGUGGCUGACGCUAUAUUGGGCAAUCAAAUGUUUACCCAUUACGAUAGAGCUCACGUUGCGCAAUUGUGCGAAAAGGCUGGCUUGUUGCAACGCGCCCUCGAGCAUUACACGGAUUUAUAUGAUAUUAAAAGAGCGGUGGUACAUACUCAUCUGCUCUCUCCCGACUGGCUCGUAGGUUUCUUCGGUACUCUGUCCGUUGAAGAUUCUCUCGAGUGCCUGAAGGCCAUGUUAACGGCCAACAUACGGCAGAACUUGCAGAUUUGCAUACAGAUCGCGACCAAAUAUCACGAGCAAUUAACGACUAAAGCGUUGAUAGAUCUGUUCGAGAGUUUUAAGUCUUAUGAAGGUUUGUUCUACUUCUUGGGAUCUAUCGUGAAUUUCAGCCAGGAUCAAGAGGUGCACUUCAAAUAUAUCCAAGCAGCAUGCAAGACUGGUCAGAUAAAGGAAGUAGAGCGUAUAUGUCGAGAGAGCAAUUGUUACAACCCAGAACGCGUAAAGAAUUUCCUAAAAGAAGCAAAACUAUCCGAUCAAUUGCCUUUAAUAAUCGUGUGCGAUCGAUUCGACUUCGUUCACGAUCUUGUUCUCUAUCUUUAUCGUAACAACUUACAGAAAUACAUCGAGAUAUAUGUCCAAAAGGUAAAUCCAUCUCGUCUACCGGUGGUCGUGGGUGGUCUAUUGGACGUUGACUGCUCGGAAGAUAUCAUCAAGAAUCUGAUACUGGUGGUGCGCGGACAAUUCUCCACCGAUGAACUAGUUGAGGAAGUAGAAAAGAGAAACCGGCUGAAAUUGUUGCUGCCAUGGUUGGAAUCCCGCGUUCACGAGGGUUGUGUGGAACCGGCUACGCACAACGCGCUGGCCAAGAUCUACAUCGACAGCAACAACAAUCCCGAAAGAUUUCUUAAAGAGAAUCAAUUCUAUGACAGUAGAGUCGUUGGCAAAUAUUGUGAGAAACGCGAUCCUCACUUAGCUUGCAUUGCAUACGAGCGUGGCCAAUGCGACCGUGAGUUGAUAAGCGUAUGCAACGAGAACAGCCUGUUCAAGAGUGAGGCCAGAUAUUUGGUGAGACGUAGAGAUCCUGAUCUUUGGGCAGAAGUGCUGUUGGAGAGCAAUCCGUAUAAGCGACCGUUGAUCGAUCAAGUUGUUCAGACGGCGUUAUCUGAAACGCAAGAUCCUGAAGAUAUAUCGGUUACUGUCAAGGCUUUCAUGACUGCUGACUUGCCUAACGAACUGAUUGAACUUCUCGAGAAAAUAGUACUGGACAGCAGCGUGUUUAGCGAUCAUCGUAACUUGCAGAAUCUCUUAAUAUUAACAGCCAUCAAAGCCGAUCGUACGCGCGUCAUGGAAUAUAUUAACCGCUUAGAUAAUUAUGACGCCCCGGAUAUCGCCAACAUUGCUAUUAACAACGAACUUUACGAGGAAGCUUUUGCGAUUUUCAAAAAGUUUGACGUCAACACGUCGGCUAUUCAGGUUCUAAUUGAACAAGUCGGCAACUUGGACAGAGCUUACGAAUUUGCAGAAAGAUGCAACGAGCCGCCAGUAUGGUCGCAGCUUGCUAGGGCUCAACUGCAGCAGGGUCUAGUUAAAGAAUCGAUCGAUAGCUUUAUUAAAGCUGACGAUCCGUCCGCGUACAUGGACGUGGUGGAAACUGCGCAUCGAACUUCGCACUGGGAGGAUUUAGUCCGUUAUCUCCAAAUGGCCCGCAAGAAAGCACGCGAAUCCUUCAUCGAAAGCGAAUUAAUAUAUGCGUAUGCACGAACCAACAGACUCGCAGAUCUCGAAGAAUUUAUAUCUGGCCCUAAUCACGCUGACAUACAAAAGAUCGGUGAUAGAUGUUUCGAUGAUAAGAUGUAUGACGCCGCGAAGCUUCUCUACAACAAUGUAUCCAACUUCGCACGUUUAGCUAUAACGUUGGUCCACCUAAAAGAGUUUCAAGGUGCCGUCGAUAGUGCACGAAAAGCUAAUUCGACGCGCACCUGGAAGGAAGUUUGUUUUGCUUGCGUAGAUAGCGGCGAAUUUCGCUUGGCACAAAUGUGCGGGCUGCAUAUAGUCGUACAUGCGGACGAGCUUGAAGACUUGAUUAAUUAUUACCAAGAUCGCGGACAUUUCGAAGAACUCAUUAAUCUUUUGGAAGCUGCUCUAGGACUUGAACGAGCUCACAUGGGAAUGUUCACUGAACUAGCUAUUCUCUAUAGUAAAUACAAGCCUCAACGAAUGAGGGAACAUUUGGAACUCUUCUGGUCGCGCGUCAAUAUACCGAAAGUGUUACGCGCAGCGGAACAAGCGCAUUUGUGGGCUGAGUUAGUGUUUUUGUACGACAAGUAUGAGGAAUAUGAUAACGCAGUCCUAGCGAUGAUGCAACAUCCUACUGAGGCUUGGCGAGAGGGUCAUUUUAAAGACGUAAUCACCAAAGUUGCAAACGUCGAGCUCUAUUAUAAGGCUAUACACUUUUACGUGGAAUAUAAACCCCUUCUUCUGAACGAUAUAUUGCUCGUGCUUGCUCCGCGCAUGGAUCAUACUAGAUCAGUAGCGUAUUUCACGCGAACCAGCCAUCUGCAAUUAGUGAAGCCGUACUUGAGAUCGGUUCAGGCUCUCAAUAACAAAGCUAUCAACGAAGCCUUAAACGGCUUGUUAAUCGACGAAGAGGAUUAUCAAGGUCUCCGAACAUCGAUCGAUGCAUUCGAUAAUUUUGAUAAUAUCGCGUUGGCGAUGCAACUCGAAAAACACGAAUUGAUCGAGUUCAGGAGAAUCGCCGCAUAUCUGUACAAGGGAAAUAAUAGAUGGAAGCAGUCCGUGGAGCUUUGCAAGAAGGAUCGACUAUUUAGAGACGCUAUGGAAUAUGCGGCGGAAUCCCGGAAUGCAGAAGUCGCCGAAGAAUUACUUGAGUGGUUUUUAGAAAGAGGUUCUAAGGACUGUUUUGCAGCAUGCUUAUUUCAUUGUUACGAUUUACUUCACCCGGAUGUCAUCUUGGAACUCGCAUGGAGACAUCGCAUUUUACAUUUUGCAAUGCCGUAUCUUAUACAAGUGGCGCGGGAAUAUAUUACUAAGGUCGAUAAAUUAGAAGAGGCCGAAAGCCGACGCAUUGAAGAAACUGAUCAUCAGGAACACAAGCCUAUGAUCAUGCCGGAACCUCAGUUAAUGCUGACCGCAGGGCCAGGAAUGAUGGCACCUGGCUACGCGCCUCAAAACGUAUACGGUACACCCGCACAAGUGUACGCGCCCACCGCAGCCUACCAAGGUUACGGUAUGUGAAAUACAUUUAAGGAGACAGAUCAACAAAGUCUACUUUUCUAUAAAGUUUAGGUAGAAUGAGAUUGUUUUGUUAGCUUAAUAUCGUCAAAGUGAAUACGAAUGAAUACCAUUAGAAAACGAUGAAUUGCCACGUUUAGAUCAUGAUAAUAGUGUAUCGAAUAGCGAAAUGCAUUGUGAAAAGGCAUUAAUACGCUAUCACACGCUACCUAAAUGUGAAUGUGUAAUUUAUAGGGAAGACGUUGAGUAAAUUAUAUUUCAUGGUUUAAACAGCUAUUCAACGCAGAUUUUGUGUAAAAAAAUUUUAAAAAUUAUUCGGAAAUAAUUGUAAAACAAAAAAAAAAGAAAAGAUUUUCUUUUUUUAAUGCGAUUUACCGAGAUUUUUCUGUUGAAUUAUCGUUGCAGUCAAUGAAAAAGAUAAAUGUAUGUUGUGUGAACAAAGCAUAAUUUCCCUGUCUUUUACCGGCACAUAUAUAUAUGUGUGUGCGUCUACGUGCCUUUCUUUUGGCUACUAACAGGAAGCAAGCUUUUUUGGGCAAUAUCGUAAUUCGGAAGCAAAAUCAACUGUAGAUCUACAAUUAUAUCGUAAUUUCUGUACAGAUUAUUCAGCGCUUGCUUUUUGAUGAAAUUUCUUCCAAUUUCUCUCACCAUUUAU